CUUUCCCCAAAUAUGGAGCCUGUGUGGAGUGAGUGGGGCGGCAGGGGGUGGGGAGCCAAGCAGACUUCCAUGGGCAGGGAGGGGCGCCAGCGGGCCGGCAGAGGGGUGACAUCACUGACUGGGCAGCCUUUAAACCCCUCACCCAGCCUGCGCCCCAGCCCGUCUGUCCUAGCCCAGACACCGAAGCUACUCUCCUUCCAGCCCACGAACGUCCAAACCUUCUCUGCCUCAACAUGGCCAACAAAGGUCCAUCCUACGGCAUGAGCCGAGAAGUGCAGUCCAAAAUUGAGAAGAAGUAUGACGAGGAGCUGGAGGAGCGACUAGUGGAGUGGAUUGUAGUGCAGUGUGGUCCCGAUGUAGGCCGCCCAGAUCGUGGGCGCCUGGGCUUCCAGGUGUGGCUGAAGAAUGGUGUGAUUCUGAGCAAACUGGUGAACAGCCUAUAUCCUGAGGGAUCGAAGCCAGUGAAGGUGCCUGAGAACCCGCCCUCCAUGGUCUUCAAGCAGAUGGAACAGGUGGCUCAGUUCUUGAAGGCAGCUGAGGAUUAUGGAGUCAUCAAGACUGACAUGUUCCAGACUGUUGACCUCUUUGAAGGCAAGGAUAUGGCAGCAGUGCAGAGGACUCUAAUGGCUUUGGGCAGUUUGGCUGUGACCAAGAACGAUGGAAACUACCGUGGAGAUCCCAACUGGUUUAUGAAGAAAGCCCAGGAGCAUAAGAGGGAGUUCACAGACAGCCAACUGCAGGAGGGGAAGCAUGUCAUUGGCCUUCAAAUGGGCAGCAACAGAGGAGCCUCGCAGGCUGGCAUGACAGGCUACGGGCGACCCCGGCAGAUCAUCAGUUAGAAAGGGAAGGCAGGCUCUGAGCUGCAGCAUCCUGCUUAGCCUGCCUCACAUAUGCCCAUGUAGGUUCUUGGCCCUGACAGCUCUGAGGUGUCACUGGGCAAAGAUGACUGCACAUGGCAGCUCCCACCUACCCUCAGCCUCAGCCCAGCUUCUUACCCCAGAGCCACCACUGCCCUGGCCCGUUCCCAGCUGUACCCCCACCCCCACUGUUCCUCUCAUUCUGGAGUAAGCAGGGAGGAGUGGGCUGGAGUAGCCUGGCUGUAGGCCAGCCCACUGUCCUUGAUAGUGAAUGUCCUUUGAAGGAGAUCCAGCCCGGCCUCUACAUCUUUUCCUGGAAUAUUUUUUUUGGGUUGAAAUUCAAAAAGGAAACAAACAAACAAACAAACAAAAAAAAUAUAUAUAUAUACAUAUAU